UAAACCCCCUACAUAAGUUCUCCACUGAAAAACAAAAAAAAAAACACCCCCCACUUUUCUCUCUCUAUCUGAUACAGACAAGAGUCAUCGAACACCUUGUGCUCUUAGCAGCAAAGAAACCCUUUGAAUCUUUUUUUGUACUCCUCUCUCUAGGAUUCAACAAAACUUGAUAAAACGAGAAGGCCCUUUCGAACUCUGUUGUGAAUUAUUCAAUGGAAGAGAGUAAUAGCAAUAACCACAUAGCAAACAAUGUGGCUCGAGCAAUUGCUGCUGCUCUUGACUGGAACUCUACUCCUGAUGCUCGCAAAGCUGCUGUGUCUUUCCUUGAAUCCAUCAAGGCAGGAGAUGUACGAAUUUUGGCCAGCUCAUCAUUCGUUCUUGUCAAAAAGGAGUGGUCUUCAGAAAUUCGGUUGCAUGCUUUCAAAAUGCUGCAGCAUUUGGUAAGGUUGCGAUGGGAGGAAUUGAGCCCAACAGAACGCAGGAACUUUGCGAAUGCUGCUGUUGAGUUGAUGGCUGAAAUUGCAAAUUCCUGUGAAGAAUGGGUGCUGAAAAGUCAGACAGCUGCCCUUGUUGCCGAGAUUGUCAGAAGAGAAGGCUUAGAACUGUGGAAAGAACUGCUUCCAUCUCUGGUUUCCCUAUCUAGUCAGGGCCCCAUACAAGCUGAGUUGGUUUCGAUGACACUGAGGUGGCUUCCUGAAGAUAUUACAGUUCACAAUGAAGAUUUAGAAGGUGAUCGGCGUAGGUUAUUGUUGCGAGGGCUUACUCAGUCAUUGCCUGAAAUGCUGCCACUACUAUACACCUUACUUGAGAGACAUUUUGGAGCUGCAUUGAGCGAAGUAGGGAGGCAGCAACUGGACAUCGCAAAACAGCAUGCAGCAACAGUAACAGCGACUUUGAAUGCUGUCAACGCUUAUGCUGAGUGGGCGCCUUUGCAGGAUCUAGCCAAAUAUGGCAUAAUUUAUGGCUGUGGUGUCAUGCUCUCUUCUCCUGACUUUCGUCUUCAUGCCUGUGAAUUUUUCAAACUCGUCUCACAAAGGAAGAGACCUGCCGAUGCCUCUGCUUCUGAAUUUGAUUCUGCAAUGCGUAAUAUCUUUCAGAUCAUGAUGAAUGUCUCAAGAGAUAUUUUGUACAAAACUGGCUCAAGUGCUGGAGUCAUGGAUGAGAGUGAAUUUGAGUUUGCAGAAUAUAUAUGCGAGAGCAUGGUGUCUUUGGGUUCUUUUAACUUUCAAUGCAUUUCUGGUGACAACACUAUACUCUCUCUUUAUUUACAGCAGAUGCUGGGCUUUUUUCAACAUUUUAAGCUAGCUCUUCAUUAUCAAUCCCUGCUAUUUUGGCUGGUGCUAAUGAGAGAUUUAAUGUCAAAGCCGAAAGUUACUGCAUAUUCAGCAGACGGGUCUGCUUUUAACAGUGCAGGCUCUAGUGCUGGACAGGUUGAUGAUGAAAAAAGGAGGACUGUAAGCCUUGUGGAUGAUGAUAUUUGUGUUGUAAUUCUGGAUAUCUCUUUCCAGCGCUUGCUUAAGAAAGAAAAGGUUUUCUCUGGGAAUUCCUUUUCUCCUGGAACAUUGGAGUUGUGGAGUGAUGAUUUUGAAGGCAAGGGUGACUUUGGCCAAUAUCGUUCCAAGCUGACCGAGCUGAUGAGACUUGUUGCUUCUUUUAAGCCCCUAAUAGCUGGUGCUAAAAUCUCUGAAAGAAUUCUUUCAAUCAUUAAGAGCAUUCCAAAUUCUCAAAUACCUGUUCAGGACUUAGCUGUGAUGGAAAGCAUGCAAGUGGCUUUAGAAAAUGUUGUCAAUGCAGUUUUUGAUGGAUCAAAUGGCUAUAUGGCGGUCAGUUCGGAAGUUCACCUCGCGUUGUGUAGAGUUUUUGAAGAUUUACUUCAGCAACUCCUUUCUUUGAAAUGGACGGAGCCAACUCUUGUGGAAAUCCUAGGGCACUAUUUAGACGCGCUGGGUCCAUUUUUGAAGUAUUUCCCAGAUGCGGUUGGUGGUGUCAUUAAUAAAUUAUUCGAGCUUCUAAUGUCAAUCCCAUUUGUUGUUAAGGAUCCUUCAGUAAGCAGUGCACGCCAUGCAAGGUUACAGAUUUGUACGUCAUUUAUUCGAAUAGCCAAAUCUGCUGACAAAAGUGUUCUACCUCAUAUGAAAGGAAUAGCUGAUACCAUGGCAUAUAUGCAAAGAGAGGGCUCUCUGCUUCGUGGUGAACAUAAUCUGCUAGGUGAAGCAUUUCUUGUUAUGGCUUCAGCUGCCGGGACUCAACAACAGCAAGAAGUUUUGGCCUGGUUGCUUGAACCUUUGAGCCAACAGUGGACACAGCUAGAGUGGCAAAAUAAUUAUUUGUCUGAGCCACUAGGUUUGAUCCGUUUGUGCUCUGAGACAGCAUUCAUGUGGUCAAUUUUCCACACUGUGACAUUCUUUGAGAAGGCACUUAAGAGGAGUGGAAUCAGAAAAGGCAGUCUGAAUUUGCAAAGCAUCUCAACAGCAAGUACUAUACAUCCAAUGGCUUCUCAUCUGUCCUGGAUGCUGCCACCCCUCUUGAAACUUCUUCGUGCUGUGCACUCACUUUGGUCUCCAUCCAUAUCUCAAAUGUUACCUGGAGAUAUCAAAGCUGCCAUGACCAUGGGCAAUGCUGAACGAUAUAGUCUCCUUGGGGAAGGAAACCCCAAAUUGUCCAAAGGUUCCUUAACCUUCAUAGAUGGAUCUCAUAUUGAUACAAGUAGGGAAGGACACACCGAAACAAAUGAAGCUGAUAUACGGAAUUGGUUGAAAGGUAUCAGAGAUAGUGGAUACAAUGUAUUGGGCCUAUCGAUGACCAUUGGUGAUCCAUUUUUUAAAUGUUUGGAUGUUCAUUCUGUUGGUGUGGCACUACUGGAAAACAUACAGUCAAUGGAGUUCAGACAUACAAGGCAGCUUGUCCAUUCAGCUUUGAUACCUUUGGUUAAACAUUGUCCCAUGGAAAUGUGGGAGGUCUGGCUGGAAAAGCUCUUGCAUCCAUUAUUUAUCCAUGUACAGCAAGCUCUUACCUUUUCUUGGUCCAGUCUCCUGCAUGAGGGUAAAGCAAAGGUCCCAGAUGUCCUUGGCAUCCUUGCUGAGGCAGACUUGAAAGCAGAAGUAAUGGAAGAGAAACUGCUUCGAGACCUAACUCGUGAGAUGUGCGUUCUUCUCUCUACAAUAGCUUCGCCCGGACUAAAUACAGGGCUUCCUACUUUAGAACAAUCUGGCCAUGCUAUCCGUGUGGAUGCAUCUUCUUUGAAGGAAUUGGACGCAUUUGCAUCAAACUCUAUGGUUGGUUUUCUUUUGAAGCACAAUGGCUUGGCUGUUCCAGCAUUACAGAUUUGUUUAGAAGCUUUCACAUGGACAGAUGGUGAAGCAGUAUCAAAAGUUUUGUCCUUUUGUGCUAGUGUGAUUCUUCUAGCAAUCUCAGCUAAUAAUGUUCAACUCAGAGAGUUUGUUUCUAAAGAUCUGUUCUCUGCAAUUAUCAAAGGUUUGGCGCUCGAGUCAAAUGCAUUUAUCAGUGCUGAUCUAGUUGGUUUCUGUCGAGAAAUAUUCAUGCAUCUCUGUGAUAGAGAUCCAGCUCCAAGGCAGGUUCUGCUUUCUCUCCCUUGUAUUAAACCCCAGGAUUUGGUUGCCUUUGAAGAAGCUUUGACCAAGACAGCUAGCCCUAAGGAACAAAAGCAACAUAUGAAGAGCUUGCUUUUAUUAGCUACUGGAAACAUGCUAAAAGCGCUAGCUGCUCAGAAGAGUGUAAACAUUAUCACAAAUGUUACAAUGAGGCCUCGCAGCUCGGUAAAUGCUCCAGAAACCAGAAUUGAUGAGGGGGAUACUAUAGGAUUGGCAGCCAUUUUGUGAGGAUUCUAAUGCUUGUUGCAGAGUUGAUGUACAGUCUACAGCCAGAAGUUUGACAGGAACAAAGAAGCGAGACCUUUUUAACAUAUACUAGGGUACAAGACUGGAAGGCAGCUUUUAUUUUGGCCUAUUCCAUAAAUAUCGGGGCACCUCCAGAAGCUGAAUAGAAAUUUGAAGAGUUUGACAUUCCAUGGCAUAUCUCCACGAACUGAUGGAGGUGCCCUAAAAUCAUAUGGAGGGACGAGGUUUCUUCUGUGUUUUUCUUGCUAUGGAAAAUUGUCUCAAGGAGAAAACUUAUAGAUAUAUUCCGAUGAAAAAACAAAAAAACCACACUUUGCUCACCUGUAUUUUUGCUUUCUUGAGCAAAACAAUGAUAUCUUUAAAUUCAGAUGCCGUUCACAAUCUCCUCUUUUUUUCUUUUUCAUUUUAACAAAAUUGCCAAGCAUUGGGCUAUUUGGUGCUUUUAUAUUUAUGGCCCCUUGAGGUUGUGGGAUCAACGGAAAGUUCUAGCAGGCAGCCCUUGCAAGUAGAUCUACAUCUACUAAGCUGGAUUUGAUCCUGAUAUGGUUGAUGGUGCUUGCUGCCACUGCCAUUGCACUAAUGAAAUGAAUUGGUUUUGACAUGGUUUCGGAGGACUUUUUGGGGGGUUUCGGCUUGGCCUCGUAGAAACAUAUUAGGAUUAAAGACAUUACUGUGCCAAGUCGCAUGUUUCUAGCUGGAACUCAGGUCGAUGCUAGGGGCAUUCGGGAACUGACAUGAAGCAACCGAAGACUGCCGCCUCUCUCUUAUGUGCAUACAUGAUCAAAUCAAAUUGGACUCUUUGACUGAAGGUAUUAAUUAGCCUUGAAUGGUAGCUUUGAAAGUUAGGUCAACCGCGAAAAAUGUUUGAUUCAAAUAUCGGGUGAAAAGAGUGAAAUGGUAGGCCAGAUGCUUCCAGCCUAAGCAAAGUAUCCCUAUUCCUAGAGUAUAAAAUCUAAUCCUCUUUAAGAGCUAUACCAAUGUCUGUGUAGUUAGCCAAGUAGCAGGGCAUUCGAGUUUCUUGCAAACCUUGUCUAGUAUAAUCUUCAGCGGUGGUGAUAGGAUCAUCGUGGUGUUAGCAGCUAGAUUUUGUUAGAGAGCUAGGAGGAAGCAAUGGGACCAGGAGGACCCGGAGGUGGAGGAGGACCCGGAGGUGGAGGAGGAUGGGGUCCGGGACCAGGAGGACCUGGUUUUUUCGGUGGCUUCUGUGACAUCAUAGGUUCUUGCUUGAGCUGCCUGUGCUGUUGCUGGCUAAUACGAGACUGCUUUGGGGGUCCACGUGGACCACCUGGACGAUGAUUAGCUGCAACAAAUGUUUCCAUCUCAUGUUUCACGUUCUUCUUUUAGGGUUUCCUAUCCCAUGCUCGAAUCCUUUAGUAUAGGGAUCUACCCUCUGUUAUGGGGCUUCUAUCCUAUUCUCCAGCCCUUUUUCUACAGGAAUUUCUUCUGUUUUUAUCUUUGUUUGCAUGUAUUUCAUCCAUGUCUUGUACUACAGACGUGCAAUGAUAUCUAUUUCUUCAUAA